UUUCCUUCUCUCUUUCUCUUUCAAGUUAAAACGGUUACAGUGGAGAAAGAGCACAAUUGGAAUACGAACUCUUCAGACUCGCGUCCAAAAUGACACCCGAAGUAUUGAAAACUGUAAUCAUUCUGUCUUGCAUGAUAGGGGUUCUUAAUGCCAUGCAAGUAAGUACUCCAACUCCACGCAUCAACACGACGGCAGGAGGAAAUGUCACUCUCCAGUGCAACUUCCAAACAUCAGCGGCAUUGACCAAUCUCUUCAUUCAGUGGCAAUUUACGGACUCAAGAUUACAGCAUAACUCGGUAUAUGCGUACAUCAAUGGAAAGGGAAGCACCUCACCCAAGUAUGAAGGAAGAGUCUUCGCUUCAGCACCAAAUUCUGCAACCAUAAACAUCACCAACAUGCAGCCAUCUGAUUCUGGCACUUAUGUUUGUGAGGUGAUGAAUGUACCUGAUAUCGAAGGAACGACUCAAGCAUCGAUUCUUGUUUCUGUGUUGGCUCCACCUUCCAAACCAUACUGUGCGGCCCAUGGGACUGAAGAAAGAGGUAAUCUGAUAACUCUGACGUGUUCCUCAAACAUGGGGUUGCCUUCUCCUCUAUACACAUGGAGUAAACUCGAGAAUGGUGUCGAAAAAGUACCAAAUGGAAUCAUGGAUACUACAUCUGGAAGUUUAAAAAUUAGUAACCUGUCAAUGGUAGAAUUUGGCCUGUACCAAUGCAAUGCCUCAAACAUUCUUGGAUCUGCAACUUGUACAGUGGAAUUAACCCAUGGAGAGAUGAGUGGAGCUAUUGUUGGAGGCAUAUUUGGAGCUAUUUUAAUUGCUAUUAUUAUUGUCAUAGUUGUUUGUGUUGUAAAAUCCAAAAAGAUGAAAAGAAAAAAUAUCAAUGAAAAUAAAACCGCUAAGGAACUGAAUGCUGUACCUGGAAAGGAUGAGAGCACAAGGUACAAAUCAGGUUCCUCUGAAGAAGCUGCUCCUAUGAAUGCUGCAGUAGAGAAUCAGGCUGAGCCACAUAUCCUUGAAAUUAAGUCGGAUGAUGAAACCCAGUCACUUCAUAACAGUGAAAAGGCAGAGGCGUAGUUUACAGCUGGCUUUGGUCAUGGGGGUCCCUGCUACAAAGGAGGCUACAGGGAUGAUCCACCCUUUAGGAUUUGUUUGAAAUGUCUUUUUUUUAUUUUGUAUUCUGUUAAGGGAAAAUGUCAAGUAUGAAAGUUAUCAGAGGUUAUAAAAAUUAGGAUGAAUUACUCAGUAUUUAUUAUUAGGGUACUCAUAAAAGAUUAUACUUUCAACUGCCCCUUAAAUUUUAAAUCAAAGAUACCAACAAUCCAAGCUUAAGAUUUCAAAUUAAUAUGUAUAGCUGGCGCAGUGAACUUUUGAUUCCCUGCAUGGUCUCUGUAAAGGAGGAGUUUCUACUUAUUCCACACUUACUUUCUUUGGUCAAGUUAAUUGGCCCAGUCAUUGUAUUCAGGGUUCUUUUCUGCCUUCUGCCUGAUGCUGCCAUCAUAGACCCCAGCUUUUAGUAGCUCCUCAUUCUAACUGGCCUCCCCUGUUGCUAGGAUUGUCCCUAUCAUCUGGUCAGAGUUGGCAGAAUGAUCUCCAGCUCCCUGCAACCCUAGUAUCAGUUUCAGUGGGUUGAAAAAAUAAUUUCAGCACCUAUUAAUAUUGCAUUAGCUUCAGUAAUAUGACAUUCCCACAUUAUUUUGGAAGAAAAGAUUACAUUAUAAACUCACUAUGCUAUAACAUAAAAGAGAACUAGUUAACUAUACAGAAAAAUAAAAGGCAUCUUAAUGGACACAGUGGUUGGUGUUUGUGCACUGCAGCUCCAGUGCCCCAGCUUUAAUUUCAUAUACCAGUCUUUAUGGUGUUCUGAUAUUUUUCCUGUCUCCUGGAAAUUCCAAAUGCUUGUGUGAUAUCCUAAUAGAAGAAUGUGUGUGUGCAUUAGUGUUCUGCAUGACAGACUGGCCUCCCAUCCAUUGCUGGUUCCUACCCUGCGCCUGAUACUACUGAUCUCUCCAGGAACAGAAAAUGCAGGUUCAGAUCAGAGUGCCAGAAACAUCGUGGCUCCAAAUCUUCAUUUCUGGAGCUCUACAUAAUUUGAUUUAUAAAACAGAACCUGCCAGUGGAAUAGGAGUUUUUCAGGUCAAUGCAUGUUAAUAUUUUUACAAUAAACAUACUUAUAAUGUCUACAUUUGUAUGCAAAACAUUUAUAAAUUGAACAUACUAUUUUUUUUGGUUACAUUAAAUGGGGUGUAAUUGCAUUUUGCAUAGGUCAGCACUGCUUAAUAAUGAGGGGCUUUAUUUGUAUCUUAUUUUUUACUUUUAUGUGUUUACUGAUAUGGGAGUAGGUGAGACAUCUUCCUUCAGCUUAUUGUACUUUUAACACAUUUUCAAACUCUUACAGCUUUAUAUAUUAAAACACUAAUCAUUUGUAUUUUUAAUGAUUAUGUAGAAGUUUUUUUUUAUUAGUUAUAUGUGAUCAAUUAAGCAGCCCAGUGGAUCUUCAAAUGUUAUUUAUGGGGUAUUGUUUUAUCACAUCCACUGCCUGCAUGUAAAAUAAAAUACUGUAUAUUCAUUGUUGGAAGACAUUAUAAAUACCAUGUCUGGGACCACAAAAGGCACUAUAUAAAAUAAAAAAUAAUGUAGGGCUUUAGAAUUCAUAAAAAUAAUUCACUCAGAUAAAAUGAAGUUGACAGCUUUCAUGCUCACCUUGAAAGUAUGUACAGUAUGUAUGUAGGUUUAAAAAGCUAGAGAUUUUCUUCUUUCACUCUGCUGAGAAAAGAGAUUCAUAUUCAUAUUCAUA